CUUGAUGAAUUUGGAACAGGCGGUAACUUGGACAACCCUCAGCGGUGGCGCGGGGACCUUUAAUAGUGACCAAUAUGGCGACUCCCAGUGGAAGGUCGGUGUUGUUCGUGUGCUUGGGGAAUAUCUGCAGAUCCCCGAUCGCUGAGGCUGUUUUCCAGAAAAUGGCCACAGACAAUGGGGUGGUGGACAAGUGGGUUAUAGACUCUGGUGCCACCUCAGAUUGGAAUACUGGCAGCUCUCCUGAUGCCUGUGGUCUGGCCUGCCUCAGGAAACAUGUCAUAGAGACAGAUCACAGGGCACGACAGGUCACCAAAGAAGACUUCAUGACUUUUGAUCACAUCCUCUGCAUGGACGAAAGCAACUUGAGAGAUCUGAACAAGAAGGCAAGCAGCGUGAAAAACAGCAAAGCCAAGAUUGAGCUGCUCGGCUCCUACGAUCCUGAAAAACAGCUUAUUAUCCAAGACCCGUACUAUGGGAGUGAUAAAGACUUUGAGACGGUGUAUGAACAGUGUGUGAGAUGCUGCAAAGCCUUCCUGGAGCAGCACUCAUAACACACACACACACUGUGACCAUCUCCUGAAACCCACGACGCCUCAUCAUGAGAUGCUCGAACGUAAAUAAUAAUCGAUUGAAAUAUUGAUCAAGUGUCUUCAUAAGCAAAACACACAAACCAAACGAUAGCAGUGUAUAGAGAAGCACUUUGUCUUUAAUUGUAAAAUAAGUUGUAAUGUCAUGCGAAGCUUGUUUGAGCAGCUGUAAACUGCUUUUGCUGACCAUACCUUCUGAAGAGAGUAAAUUCACCUAAAUAAACCGGUUGGAAAUGCUGAAAUUACGUUCGCCUGAAAUUCUAUUUCCUCCUCACAC